UUUUUUUAGCUCGGUUCGCAUUCUGUUCGUUGUUUCGCAUCAGCCAGUUCGCGCGAUGGUUUAGCUAAAAUUUACAUGGCAUUGACCGCAUAGUUCAUAUGGAUCAAAUUGUAAUUACAUUUAUGUGCAUCUGUGAUAAAAAGCGUUAAAAUGAGUAAUGCACCGUUUCGAUACAAUUUCAACUGGGUGGCUACUGAGGGCAACGUGGCCCGCUUUGUAUCGUACAACAUCCAGGCAAACGAGACAACCGAUCCCAUCCCCCAGGAAAAACUUCUCAACCCCGAGGCCUGCAUAGUGUUGGAACCACAGGGCCAGCAGAAAUCCGACUUCUGCGAGCAAACCAUCAGCGUAAAUCCAUCGUAUCAAAUUUCGAGGCUGGCCCUCUUGGGCGAGUGCCGCCGAAUCGAGUCCUUUGUGGGGAAAACCUCCGAAUACUACCAAACCCACAACGGUGAACAGGUCCCCGAUGUCGGAGCGGAACUGUUCCGAUUCAACAUUCAGUUCGAAGUGUGCGGAACCUCCGACCUCAUCCUGCGCUACAUCACCCCAACGAAGGAACCCCUGUGCUUGUACGGGAUGCACAUGGCACUGGAGAAGAACUCCAACCCACUGGGAAUGUUUGCCAGCGACAGCACUCUCAACCGAGCCAUGAUUGAUCUGAAGGUGAAAGACUCCAAACUGUCGGAAAAAGCCGCCCGCUGCAAGCAGUUCGUGCUGGACUCGAUGGCCCUGAACAGUCUCAACACGAAUAAGCUGUUCCAGAACAUGAUGAACUACAACAUUGCCAAUACGGCUUGCUCGAUUCCUACUGGAGCGGAGGCGACGAGUAGCGGCAAGCGAAUACCGGCGAGCGACGACAGCGCUCCUUCCGGAAGUUCAGCAACGCCCCCGCCUUCCUCCACCGUCACUGAACUCAUAGCAAAGCAAUAUCUGGACGCAAAAUUUGCAGCCCUGGAAGCCAAAAUCGAUGCCAAGCUGGAAGCGCUCGAAUCUCGCCAGAACCAGAAGCUAGAUGAAAUCGUAGCCCUACUGAAGGGCAUUAGUACAAAAUAGGUGUCAAUAAAAGUUCCUUUUUAGGUUUGAUUUUCAAUACAAA